GAACUUCCGGUUUUAGAGGACACGCCCCUAUUGGUGACUCACUUGUGUGUCGCCUCGUCGUAUGCCAACCAGUGUUGGUGCAAACUAACUCGUCACUUCCCUGAAAUGGCUGUGUACUUGCGAAGUAACCGCGGUGGGCUGAAACUUCUGCACGAAGGCUUCGAGUAUGACAAGGAACGUUGCUUCAAAGAAAAGACAUACUGGCAAUGUAGCCGGAAACUGGAGUGUAAAGCAAGGGCUCACACUAUUGACGAAGAAGUUGUCAAGCUGAUCAACGAACACAGCCAUGCUCCCAGCCGACUGGACCAAGAGGCCAAGUUGGCGUACUCAUCAAUGAAGGAAAGAGCACGGACGACUGAGGAACCCAAUCAAGCCAUCGUCGGACGCCUGGUGGCCGAGAUGACACCGGAAGCUUGCAGUUACUUACCGCCUCAGGACACUGUUAAGAGAACAUUAAGGAGGGCGCGGGCGAUGGAGCAACGGCCGAUGCCUCUCCCUUCACGCUUAGAAGACGUCGUCAUCCCUGCGCAGUACGCGUCGAAGAUUGACGGGUCCAGAUUCCUGUUGCAUGACUCCGGUGUGCAAGACCAGGACCGUUUUCUUAUCUUCUGCAGCCCGCAGAUGGUGGAUGUUCUCCUAGCAUCUAAGAAGUGGUUCGCCGACGGGACGUUCAAGGUUGCGCCUGAGUUGUUUUACCAGGUUUACAGUCUACACUGCGAAGUGGGCGGCUCCAUCCUGCCUGCGGCAUACAUUUUGCUAACGCGGAAAGACUGGCGGUCUUCCCAAGCGCCGACGUGCGCGGGUGUUUUUUUCACCUGUCGCAAUGUGUCUACCGCAGACUUCAGUCGGAAGGACUACAGGAGCUGUAUGCUUUUGACCCCGACAUAA